AUGAAUACGAACGUAAAGCGUCUUCGGAAGGAGCUCCAAGAGCUCAAGAAGAAUCCGGAGGAGGACAUGGUGUUAUACCCAGAAGAAGACACGAUCAUGCACUGGAAGGCUUUUAUUCGUGGUUCCAGUGACACUCCUUUCGAGAAUCGCUGCUUUGAAUUGGCAAUUCAAACGAGUCCACUGUAUCCCAUGGAACCGCCAAAGAUGAAAUUUAUCACGAAAAUCUUUCAUCCCAAUGUUCAUUUUAAGGACGGCAGUAUUUGUCUUGAUAUUCUCAAGCGUGAAUGGUCGCCAGCAUGGACUUUAAGGGCUGCGUGCUUAGCUGUGAUAUCGCUAUUGUCGGACCCUGCGGCAGACUCCCCUCUCAACUGUGAUGCCGGAAACAUGAUUCGUGCAGGUGACAUGUUGGCUUACAACACUAUGGCGGAAAUGUACAAGACGGAGUUUGGCUUGUUGGAGCUCCCAAAAGUCCCGUUCUAA